UCCAUCUUAUUUAUUUAUUAUUUCUCUGUGUAAACCGCCCUGAGCCAUUUUUGGAAGGGCGGUAUAGAAAUCGAAUUAUUAUUAGUAUUAUUAUUAAAUAAACCCUUCCUCCAGGGAUUAAUGGAAGAGCCCAGCAUGCCAGGAAGGGGCAUACCUCACAGCAUGCACACACCCUUAGCAUGUGUGGUCAGGCUGGCAGACACAGCAUCACCCAAACUGGUCCACAGCAGCUUACAAAACAAAAUACUUUUAAAUAAAUAAAUAAAUAUCACAUUAAACAUGGAUCUGGGCCGCACCUACACCACUAGGCUAAAGUCUGUUAUCUGAAUUGCAUCUACAUUUGUUCCUGACUGAGUACCAAUUGGCGCCCUAAAGAUGAUGAGAGAACAUAGUUAGUUAGUUGUUUAUUUACGAUCUUAGAUCAAACAUUGAGAGAACAUAUAAAUCUUGCUGGCAGCUGAACCACUGAAACAUUUUAGUGAGUUUGUUGUUUGGAUUUCUGUGUCCUCUUUAGCUUCCUUGGUAUGGCUACAAAUCCAGAGUUAUUUCAGGAGGCACUUCUGGGAACAUGGGAAGGGAUGAGCCAAGUGGCAGUUGGAACCCACUAUGCCAAUGGAGGGGACCUUAGUGUUUCACCAUUCCUUCUGGUGCAACCAGCGAGAGCAACACUCUCCUGCUGAAGAAGGAAUCGCAGGCGCUGAGAUCCCUGGAGUGAGAGGAGAAAGAGAGAGCAAGCCCUACCCCACUCGCGACAGAGCCGCGCAAAACUUCCCCAGCCGAGCGUGUGUGGAGCCCCUGGCCGCAAGAAGGCGAAGGCAAGAACCGCGGUGCCCGAAGCACCAUGGCAGCGGCCGCUUCGCCGUCCCACGACGAGUCCAUCCUCUACCUGAUUUCUUGCUUCAGAGGGAGGAUCAAGAACCACAUCCGGGUGCUGCCAGUGCUGGACAUGAUGCCUUGCCUGUGUAACGAAGUAAGAGAUCGCAUAAAAGCUGCGCAAAAGGCCACGGGGGAUGUGGAUGCCGCGGAGCUGCUUCUGCGCGCCCUGGAGGACGCCCCCCGCCGCCCGCCGGGCUUGUGCCAGGAGUUCCACGACGCGCUGGUGCACGGGGGCUUUGGAGUGGCCUGCUAUGUAGACCCCAGCCUGGACGCGCUGCCCUCGCCUUCCCUGGAGGCGGUCGGCGACACGGGCAGCUUCUUAGUGCAGCUCUUCUCCCCCGCCCUCGUCGAGACGCUGAGGGCUGACCAGGUGGCCGAGUGUUGCCUGCAAAAGGAGCUUCUCAAUGGCGAGGACGUUCAGCGGAUCAAGGCUGAACUAGCUAAUGGGAAUAUUGCAGCAGUGAGGGAACUGCUGAGCAGAAUAGUACAGAAGAAAGAAUGGUUCUCUCCGUUUCUAGAAGCUCUCUGUGAAGCUGGCCAUAAAAAGUCUGCUGCUCUCCUAACUGGACAAGAAAAUGGCUAUUGCAAAAGCACAGUUUCCACUAGUGAGAUUACGGAAAAUGAAGGGCCACUUGUUUCUGAUGUUGUGAAGGAUUCGAAGCAGGAAACCCAAUUAGAGUGCAACUUGACCAAUGAGGAGAUUAUCUCAGAAGAAUCUUUGGGAGAGGUUUCUGGAAUUUCAGAAUCUUAUGUCAGUUUGCUGGAUGCAAGUGUCAGUGAUGCAAGUGAAAGCAUCGGACAAGUCUCCCACCUCAGCGAUGAUUCAGAUAACGUUGAAGAUGUGAGCGAAAGGGGUUCACCUGAACCAGAGCUAAAUCUCAGAGACUACCAAAUGGAGGUGGCAAAGCCAGCCUUGGAAGGAAAGAAUAUUAUCCUGUGCCUCCCUACAGGCAGUGGCAAGACCCGAGUGGCUGUUUACAUUGCCAAAGACCAUUUGGAUAAAAGGAGAGAAGCAAAAGAGCAAGGGAAAGUUAUAGUCCUUGUCAACAAGGUGCCAUUAGUGGAGCAGCAUUUCCGGAAAGAAUUUAAACCCUAUCUGAAGCAUUGGUAUAAAGUAAUUGGCCUGAGUGGUUCAUCUCAGCUGAAAAUUUCAUUCCCUGAAGUUGUCAGGGAUAACGAUGUAAUUAUCUGCACUGCUCAGAUCCUUGAGAAUGCAUUGUUCAGUGCAGAGACAGAUGAAGAAGAAGGAGUCCAGUUGUCAGUGUUUUCCCUGAUCAUUAUUGAUGAAUGCCAUCACACUCAAAAGGAAGGUGUCUACAACAAUAUCAUGCGCCGUUACUUAACACACAAGUGGGAGAAUGAGAAACGGAAGAAAGUUAACAAACAACUGAUUCCUCAACCUCAGAUCCUGGGACUGACAGCUUCACCUGGUGUAGGAGGUGCAAAGAAGCCUGCAAAAGCUGAGGAACAUAUUCUUAAAAUAUGUGCCAACCUUGAUGCAGAUGCAAUUAUGACAGUUAAAGAAAAUGCUUCUCAACUGUUCAAUCAAGUGAAGGAACCCCGUAAGAAGACUGGGAUUGCAGGCGACAAACAAAAGGAUCCAUUUAGAGAGAAACUCAUAAACAUAAUGACAGAGAUUCAGAACUACUGCCAGUUCAACCCAAAUGCUGAGUUUGGAUCUCAGACCUAUGAACAGUGGGUAGUUCAAGAAGAGAAGAAAGCUGCCAAAGAAGAGAAUCGCAAGGAGCGUGUCUGUGCAAAGCAUUUGAAGAAAUACAAUGAUGCCCUACAGAUUAAUGACACCAUCCGAAUGAUAGAUGCAUAUAACCAUCUUAAAAGUUUUUAUAAGGAAGAGAGGAGUAAAAAGAUGGCAGUGAAUGAAGAUGAAGAGGAUGAGGGAGAAGUGAUAAAACAAGAUGAAACAGAUAACUUUCUGAUGCAUUUAUUUUAUGACAAAGAGAAGGAGCUGCAAGAAUUAGCCAAAAAGGAGAAAUAUGAAAAUGAGAAUCUGAAAGAGUUGCGCAAGAAGUUGAUGCAAGAGUUCACGAAGAUGAACGAAACAAGAGGGAUCAUUUUCACAAAGACUCGGCAGAGUGCAGUUGCCCUCUAUCAGUGGAUUAAAGACAUCCCAAAAUUUGAAGAAGCUGGAGUGAAAGCUCACUAUCUUAUUGGGGCUGGACAUAAUAGUGAAUUUAAGCCCAUGACUCAGAAUGAACAAAAGGAAGUUAUUGAACAAUUCCGCACUGGAAAAGUAAACUUACUCAUUGCUACUACAGUGGCAGAAGAAGGCCUGGAUAUCCCAAAGUGCAACUUUGUUAUACGUUAUGGACUUGUUACCAAUGAAAUAGCUAUGGUGCAGGCUCGUGGACGAGCUCGAGCUGAUGAUAGCACCUAUGUCCUUGUGGCAUCAAGUAGAUCUGGAGCAAUUGAACGUGAAAAUGUCAAUAUGUUCCGUGAGAAAAUGAUGCACAAAGCAAUUAGGCGUGUCCAAGAGAUGCCCCAAACUGAGUAUUUAUCUAAGAUCCGAGGCUUUCAGCUGCAAAAUAAAAUGGAGGUAAAAAUGAAGGCAAAGAGAGAGCAGCAAAAAACAUACAAGGAAAAGCCGCACUUGAUAACAUUCCUCUGCAAAAAUUGUACUCAGCCAAAAUGUUCAGGAGAAGACAUACAGGUUAUUGAAGACAUGCAUCACGUCAAUGUCAAAAAGGAUUUUCAGGACCUUUAUAUUGUAAGAGAAAACAGAACAUUGCAAGCAAAAGAAGUAGAUUAUAACACAAACGGAGAAAUUCUCUGCAAGGAUUGUGGUCAAGCUUGGGGAAGUAUGAUGGUGCACCGAGGUCUAGAAUUGCCUUGCUUAAAAAUAAAGAAUUUCGUGGUUGUGUUCAAAGAUAAGAAAACUACCCAAAACAAAAUCUACAAAAGAUGGGGAGAGCUGCCCAUUAUGUUUCCAACUUUCAACUAUGCAGAUCAUUAUGAGUCCAGUGAUGAAGAUUAAGAAGUCUCUAGCAAGUUGUAAGGAAGAUGCAGUUGACCUUCAGAUCCUAGGAUCAUACACUCGAGUACGUAGUUCACUCAUGAAUACAGUAGGCCCUGUUUUCUGUCGGAGUUACGUUCAUGGCUACUAGAAUGAAUGGCAAAACUGCUGGGGGGAAGCCCUUAAGUCUAUGGGAAUCUGAGGGUUAGGUUCCUCGGAAAAUUUCUAAAUCCCAAAAACAUCCAGAAAGAGAGGAAAGCAGAAGCACUGUACCUUUGGCUACAGCACUGUAUCUUGGCUGUUCCACCUCCCCAACUCUCCAGCUACUGUAGUAAUGACCCCCAAAACCAACAUAGUCCUUGUUGCAACUCUGAAAAGUCACUUUUUCCUUACCAGCCCCUCCACCCUCCAGGAAAAGAGCUGGUCUUGCAGUAGUAAGCAUGGAUUGUGCCUGCCCUGGUUUGCAUUUGAAUGGGAGACUGCAUGUAAGCACUGUAAGAUAUUUCACUUGGGGGCAGGGGGGGAGAGGCUGCUCUGGGAAGAGCACCUGCAUGCUUGCAUGCAGAAGGUUCCAACUACCUCCCUGGCAUCUCCAGACAGGACUAGGCUGCUGCCAGUCUGUGUAUACAAUACAGUGCUGAGCUAGAUGGACCAAUGGUCCGACUCAGUACGGUAUAAGACACAGUACUGUACUGAAUUGUAUUGUCCAAUACAGUACUGUACAAAGCACACACACACAUACCAAGGUACAAUCCCAAAGAUGACCUUGACUUUACCUUGAGCAGCUGCUUCAAAAGACACCCCAAAGCACAAGAAACUUCUCCAAGACACACUCUCCAACUUCCAACAUCAACAAUCCACAAAGCGCUUCCCUCAAUCCAUGCCAAUAUAAGGCACAUGCUGAAUGUGAAACUAAAAAUUGUACCCGCAAAAACUGGAAAUAGCUGAAACCAUAUAUCACAGAAAAUGAGCCCUGGUAUAUGUUUGUCAACCAUGAAUAAGUGAAACAGUGGGAAACAAAUCCAUGGAAAAUAAGGGCUUCCUGUAUUUAUGUCUAGCUGACUGCAGUGGCAAUCCAUGACUUGUAUGUGUGACAAGUGCAUUCUUAUUCCCUCCAAGGCAGUUUGAACAGACAAUGUUCAUGCAUUGACAUGUGAAUCACUAAAUGAGAAGCCAUCAGUGGAAGAAAUGUCAUGGGAUGUACAUGUAUGUGUGAAUUAGCCCUGUGUUCUGUAUUUCUAAAGGGGGCCACCAAGUGCAAUCAAAUGGCUGGGUGGUCUGGGGUUGUUCUGCUUGAGAACAGUGGUGAUCUGCGAGGGGACAAGGACAAAUUAUUUCUUAAGUUGUUAGAAUUUCUUCCAUUGUAUCAAUUGAUACUCAGUAAACAGCUGAGACUGUUUUCUUUUUCCUUUAUUUUGUUAGCUACUUUGUAACUUUUAACAUCCAAUUCUAUUUUUAAAUCCUAUGGAAUUAAUAGAGCACUUUUUAAUUUUUGUUGUUGGUUCAAAAAAGACAUAAUGUAAUGCUGUGCUCUGAAUUUAGUGUAUCAAUAUGUACAUAUUCAUCUAUAUGUUAAAGUUCAUCAUUCACCUUUUUCAUUAAAUCAGUGUUUUGGUAAG